GAAACAACGAGAACGUUGUGUGCGGAGAUUGACGUCAAUGGCGUAAAGGCGUACACCCUAUUCGACACAGGGUGUACUACCGACGCAAUGUCGCCCGAACUGGCAUUCUUAGCCAAAGCUGACCGUGUAGAUCUGAGGGAGCCCCUCAAUCUACAACUGGGGACGAAAGGUAGUCGCACCACGAUUAAUUAUGGUGCACGACCUCGCAUCCAGGUGGGACCAGUAAACGGCGUCAACUACAUGGAUGUAGUUGACAUCGACCAGUAUGAUGUUGUACUCGGUACCACGUUCUGCAUCAAGCACAACGUGGUGCUGGACUUCCGCAACCACAGUAUUUGGGUAGACGGGGUGGCUAUACCAGCAUAC